AUACUCGCCUGCGGCCACCUGUCACUUUACACCUUCCGCUGCAGGUGAGGAUGACAGCCGCUGAGGCCAGUCACUGGGAAACAACAUGACGUCAUACACCGCAAUAGUGACGUCAUCAGGAGAGCGGCGGGCCUCCCAGGCCGGUUCGCCGGACACCUGGUGACGUCAUGACCGGCUCAAAAGCGGCGCGGGUACGGUCGGUCGGCCAGUCGUUCCGUCGGCCCCACACCACCCGGACCAUGCUCGUGGCGCUGACGUGGGCGGCUCUGGCGGCCAGCUGCGGCGCCUCAUCGCAGAUUUUUUUCGGCUCCGUGACCGAACUGGUGCGCCGCUCCAGUGAGUGUGUUUUGUCCGACGGCCGCCAGGGGCGCUGCAUGUACCCGAGCUCGUGUGAGGCGCUCUCGGGUCCGCAGCUGCCCGACUGUGUGAAGCCGUGCGCCAUGGUGCAGCAUGAGCUGAAGGUCUGCUGUCCGACGGAGACCACCAGCAGUGGUGACACCACCACCACCAGGACCUGCGGCCGGCCCGGCACCCCGCCCACUCUGGCUCGCAACAUCGCCUUCGGCCGGCGCUCGGCGCCCGGGCGGUGGCCGUGGAUGGCGCUGCUCGGCUGGCGCGAGUCGACCGGCUCCGGUCGGCACCGCUGGCGCUGCGGCGGCGCCCUCAUCAGCCAGCGCCACGUGCUGACGGCAGCGCACUGCGUGGAGCGCGCCGGCGCUCCACUCACAGUGCGCCUGGGCGAGCACGACCUGACCGAGACGGCCGACGGCCGGCACCAAGACGUGCUGGUGGCGCACGCCGCCGUGCCGGCCGGCCGGCGCGGCCACCAACAAGACCUGGCGCUGCUGACUCUGGCAGAGCCGGCGCGGCUCUCGGCGCACGUGCAGCCCGUCUGCCUGCCGUCGUCGGCGGCCGACGACCCAGCCGUCGGGGACGAUGUGGUGGUGGCCGGCUGGGGCCGCGUGCAGUACUCCGAGCCGCGGUCGGACCACCUGCGCGAAGCAGUGCAGCAGGUGCGGCCCACCGGCGAGUGCGAGCGCGCCUACCGCCGCGUGCCCGGCUUCGAGGACAACUACCCGGGCGGCCUGGGCUCGCGGCUGAUCUGCGCGCUCGACACCACGGCCGGCCACCAGGACUCGUGCCGGGGCGACUCGGGCGGCCCGCUGGUGGCGCGCGCGACCGACGGCACCUACACGGCUGUCGGCGUCGUGUCUCUUGGCAUGGGCUGCGGCAACCCGGCCUUCGGCAGUCUCUACACCCGCGUCUCCAGCUACCUGGAUUGGAUAGAACGGCAGAUGGCGCGACCGCAAGGUGCCCAUGGAAAUACAACGGUCACAGUCGUAGCCAAGUAGUCAGAUGUUCACAUUUUUAGCUUAUAGACCGUUGAUGCUCUAGACAGCUUGUCAUGAUCUCAGAUUAUGCGUUCGCAUUCUUGCAAUACAGUUGCUAGUUGUUAAAAUGUUAUUAGUUGAAUAUGCACACGGUUGAAGAUAUGCGACAGUCUCAAUCUAUUAUGUAUUGCAUUUUAUGAUUCGAUCUUGUUACUGCGAGCUGUUAAUUAUGUUUAGUAUCCGUUAGGUGCUAAAUGUGAGAUUCCAAAAUCAUGUAAAUACUACGACAUGUAGCAGUC